AUGGCACAUUUUCAAACUCAAGAAAUUAUGGGUACAACCCUAGAAACCACCAAUAGGUAUUCAAACCUGGAACUUAGGGGUGUUGGCGCUUCGGGAGUAGUCUGCUCAGCACUUGAUACGGUAGCAAAUGAAACAGUGGCGAUAAAGAAAAUACCGAAGCCGUUUGAGAAUAACGGCGUGGCCAGGCGAGCGUAUCGUGAGGUUCAUCUGUUAAGCAAUAUGCGACAUGACAAUUUGAUCAACAUGAGAGACAUUUUUAUUUCCCCUUCAGAGGAUCUAUAUAUUGUGACAGACUACAUCAAAACAGACCUUUCUCAUGUCAUCCGGUCAAAAUCAAAACCAUUGGAGGGUCAAUUUGUGCAAUUCUUCACUUAUCAACUCUUACGAGGACUGAAAUAUCUCCACUCAGCCGGCGUGAUUCACCGCGACCUCAAACCCGGUAACAUUCUCAUUAAUGACAACUGUGACCUGAAGAUCUGCGAUUUUGGAUUGGCUCGAGAGCAGGACCACCAGAUGACGGGCUAUGUCACUACUCGGUACUACCGAGCACCGGAAAUCAUGUUGACAUGGCAGAAAUACUCCUAUGCUGUCGACAUCUGGAGUGUCGGGUGCAUUUUGGCGGAAAUGCUCUUAGGAAAAACUCUCUUCGCUGGAAAAGACCAUGUGCACCAGUUUACACUGAUCACUGAGAUCUUGGGUAAACCACCCAAAGAGGUCAUGGAAAAAGUGUAUAGCAAGAGUACGUUGGAAUUCGUCGAGAACCUACCUAAACCGAAGCCAUGUUCACUUGCAUCUCGCAUGGGAGAUGCCGACCCUCAAGCGGUCGAUCUCUUAGAGAAAAUGCUCAACCUCGACCCGGAAAAGAGAAUCACUACGUCCGAGGCUCUCAUGCACCCUUAUUUGUCAACAUAUCAGGACUCUGAAGACGAACCUGCUUUUGGAAAGGAACUUAGCUGGGACCUAUUGGAGUCGGAGCUAUCGGCAGACGAGUGGAAGACCAACAUGUACUUUGAGGUUUUAGAUUUCCACCGCGGUGCUUGCGAUGGGCAAGAUAAGGAGGUUCCUACCACAAAGGUCAACCUGAACAACUUGUCCAAAGAGAUGAUGAUGGAAACGUAUUAG